AUGAACUCAAAAUCCACACCCGCCGAGGCGCCUGGGGUAUUCCACCCCUCACAGCACUCUCAAAGCACGAAACCUACCGGCGAGCCGACAGAAUGUCACCAACAAAACCAGACUUCUGAAGAACACACCCAUGCAGGCCACAGCCGUGCAUUCCGAUUUAAAGAUGGCAGUCGCCCCCAUCGUAAACGAACGCACAGCAAACGCUCGCGUGAGCGAGAUACUGAACCCUCCAAGCGGCGACAUCGCGAGGACAAGCAUCCUGACCCAACACCUGAGUACCCCUUCGAUUCAGCACGCGACACAUUCCGCGAAUCGCUUUUUGACGCGCUCGGCGAUGACGAAGGCGCCGCAUACUGGGAAUCUGUCUACGGCCAACCCAUCCACAAUUACCGCGUACCGGAAGUACAGCGGGGCCCGGAAGGCGAGCUGGAGCAGAUGACUGAGGAAGAGUACGUGGAGUAUGUCCGUCGCCGGAUGUGGGAGCGGACACGGGAGGGGAUGCUGGCUGAGCAGGAGCGUCUGCGGGCUGAGCGCCAGCAAAAAAGGAAGGAGGAGGCUCAGCGAAAUGCGCAGUCUGGGAGGGAGGAGUUUGAACGCGCCAUGGACGAUAGUCUACGGCGAGGCGCGGAGCGCAAGAGAGCUAAGGCUACCUGGAGUGGACCCUGGGCCGAGUACCUGAAAAGCUGGGAGACUAUCGGGAAGGCCGUGGAAGGAUCUACUCCCAAGCCGCUACGCAGUCUGAUCUUCUGGCCUGUUCGCUCUGGGAAGAGGGCUGAUGUUCGGCCCAAUUCUGUUGAGGAAUUCAUGCGACAUGCCCCGCCGCCGGCCGAGUUACUCGGUACGCUGAAGGUGGAGCGCAUUCGCUGGCAUCCCGACAAGAUCCAGCAUCGGUAUGGCGCGUUGGGCAUUGACGAUGUUGUGAUGCGCAGUGUCACAGAGGUCUUUCAGAUUGUAGACCGCAUGUGGAAUGAGGAACGAGAACGACAGAACAGAUGA